AUGAGUGCUGUCGAGGAACCCAAGGAGACGGCUCAGUCACACACGCCUCCCGCCGCCGACGAACUUGCCCCUCCCGAAGAUGGCGGCCUUGACUUAUCUCUCCUGAAAAAGAAGAAGAAGAAAAAGACGAAGGUCGAGGGCGUCGAAGCCGAUGCCGAUGCUGAGGAUGGCGCUGCCCCUGCCGAAGAUGGAGGUCUCGACCUGACCAUGAAGAAGAAGAAGAAGAAGGUCAAGAAGGCCGAGGGUGCUGAGGAAGAUGAGUUCACUGCCAAGCUGAAACAGCUCGAGGUUAAGGACGCCGAAGAGGCCGAGGAGGCAGCUCAGGAGGACGAGGGUGACAUGGAGACUGGCACCGGUGUCUGGACCCACGACGAGUCCAAGACAAUCCCCUACACCAUGCUGCUCUCCCGCUUCUUCACCGUCCUAUCACAAAAGAAUCCCGACCACUCACUCAGCGGCACCAAGAGCUACAAGAUUCCUCCUCCCCAGUGCAUGCGUGAAGGCAACAGGAAAACUGUCUUUGCCAACAUUGCCGACAUCAGCAAGCGCAUGAAGCGAACCGAAGAACAUCUCACCGCCUACCUGUUUGCCGAAUUGGGUACAAACGGCUCCGUUGACGGAAAUAGGAGAUUGGUCAUCAAGGGUCGAUUCCAGCAGAAGCAAAUUGAGAACGUCGUCAGAAAAUACAUCAUCGAGUACGUUACCUGCAAAACUUGCAGGUCCCCCGAUACCGAGCUCAACAAGGGUGAGAACCGUCUGUACUUCAUCACCUGCAACAACUGCGGUUCACGACGAAGUGUCACAGCCAUCAAGACGGGUUUCUCUGCCCAGAUCGGCAAGAGAAAGAAGAUGCAGGGUUAA